AUGAGCGAGAGACUCGGUUUGCCAGCUCCACCUGCAGAUGGAGAGAAGACGACGGUGCAAGUCAAUGGAGAAAGCCUCAGCCUUGAUCAUCUCGGUCCAAUGGUGGUCAAUUCCGACGGCACAUUGAGCAGGAUACAGAAUUGGGAAGGAAUGAGUCAGAUCGAGAGGGAAAAAACGCUGAGACUGAUAGUUAAACGGAACAGACAAAGAUUAGACAAGCUCCAAUCCGAGGGAAAGUAA